AUGGUCAUCAUGAUAUUUGUGCUGCUGCUCUUAUUUGGAGUGAUCAAUUCCUGGGCCACUGAUUACGAUUUAUUGCUCGAGGAUCCGGACAUAUUUUCGCCGUGCACUGACGGUCCGCCCGGAUCCAUACACGCCCGCCAGGCAGUCAAUUUUGACGAUAUUGUAGUAGACCAGGAAGCGGAUAUACUUCAUGUCUCCGGGAACGCCACUGUCGUGUGGGAUGUGCAGCCCACAGAUCGGAUUACUGCAAGACUUGAUUUCUUUCACUUCAACCGCGGUUCUUGGGAGCCGACUGUUUUUAGCAUGGCCACCCAAAACUUUUGCUCCAUCAUGUACGACAAGAGCCAGUAUUGGUAUAGAUAUUGGACAAGGUUCAUUGCCAAUCGCCAUGAGGUGGAAAAGAACUGCCUCAGAGGGCCUGCAACCGUUUUGGUACACGAGCCCUUCGAUCUUAUGCUAAAAGUAGAGAAUUUUCGUGGACCUCUUCUUAGAGGACGACAUAAAAUUGUCGUAUUGUUUAACGCACUAGAUGAGAGGAAUAUACCACGACCAAACCCAAUUUGUUUGGAGAUUAGAGUAGAACCUCUCAAGUUGAACUAGUUGAUUGAAUCGAAAAUUUUGUUGGAAAUUAAAAUUUAAUAUUAAUAUAAUAAUAAUUCUGUAUUAUUAUCCAUAACACUAUUGCAAAAUAGAGAAAAAGAAAACUUGUUUUGACACUAA